CUGUACAUACGCGCACACACAUAUGCAGACAACCAGCAGUGGAAAUACAAGCCUCCAAGAGCUUGUGGGACCAAGGCUGGCUUGGAUUGGGCAGCGCGGGGGGACCCACUCUGAGAGCAGCCAGCCUCACGCGCACACACGCCUCGCUGACCGCGUGUCCAAGCUGAUGUCGCCUGGUUGGGCUUCAUGGAUAAAGGGGGGAAGAACGAGUGAGUGAGGAGUGAACAAGCCAGGAGGCCACCCCCCUUCCGCCCUACCCCCAGAAGGCUCCAGGCCCUGGUCAAAUAAAAGACAGGGGUGGGGGGGAGAAGUCGCCUUAGAGCAAGGGUUAGGAUGGCUUUGCCUCCCCCACUGCCUGUUCCUUUCCUCACCCUAAACCACCCCUGCGUCCCGCUGCCAGACGAGGGGCCUGCGGGGUGGGCAGGAAACCCUGGCUGUUCGCAUCCGGCACUCGCCAGCUUCCCGCCUCUGAGGACAUAUGGAGGCCCCGGCCACUGCUGGCCAAACCUGAAGCCAGCCCAGAAAUGACCGGCCUGCCCGUGGCCCCCAUCUGGCAGGGCUGCCUGGGGCCAGCGCCUCCCAGACCUCCAGGCUGAUCCUGGAGCCAUCCAGGGAUCCUCUGGGCAUCUCCAGCCCUCACAGCCCCCAUAGCCCCAUCUCUGGGGACACAGGAGUUGCCCCCGCAGCGCAGCUGCUGUGGGACUCGGGAUGUUUCCUGUUUCAGGUAAAGAUGUUUAAAGGAGACCCAGUCACCGCCGCCCCUGGCCCAUGGCCCCUGCUCUCCACGUAACUUUGACGCACAAACAUCAUUAACCCUCAGGCUCCCGCAGCCAGGCAGGAGCCGACCGGAGCGAGUCUGCGGAGGGCGCAACAGCCACAUUCCACAUUCCGUCCUGGCAUCCCCCGAAGCUUCGACUCUGGAGGUGAUGGGGAGGCAGGAAGAGCAGGACUGCGGCUCCUGGAAGAAGCAGACCACCAACAUCCGCAAGACCUUCAUCUUCAUGGAAGUGCUGGGGUCGGGGGCAUUCUCGGAGGUUUUCCUAGUGAAGCAGAGGGUGACCGGGAAGCUUUUUGCCCUCAAGUGCAUCAAGAAGUCACCCGCCUUCCGGGACAGCAGCCUGGAAAACGAGAUUGCCGUGCUGAAAAGGAUCAAGCAUGAGAACAUUGUCACCCUGGAGGACAUCUAUGAGAGCGCCACGCACUACUACCUGGUCAUGCAGCUGGUUUCCGGCGGGGAGCUCUUCGACCGCAUCCUGGAGCGCGGGGUCUACACGGAGAAGGACGCCAGCCUGGUCAUCCGGCAGGUCCUGUCAGCUGUGAAGUACCUGCACGAGAACGGCAUCGUCCACAGAGACCUCAAGCCUGAGAACCUGCUGUACCUGACCCCCGAGGAGAACUCGAAGAUCAUGAUCACAGACUUUGGGCUGUCCAAGAUGGAGCAGAGUGGGGUCAUGUCCACAGCCUGCGGGACCCCCGGCUACGUGGCUCCGGAGGUGCUGGCUCAGAAGCCCUACAGCAAGGCUGUGGACUGCUGGUCCAUCGGCGUCAUCACGUACAUCCUGCUGUGUGGAUACCCGCCCUUCUAUGAGGACUCCGAGUCGAAGCUCUUCGAGAAGAUCAAGGAGGGCUCCUACGAGUUCGAGUCUCCGUUCUGGGAUGACAUUUCUGAGUCAGCCAAGGAUUUCAUCUGCCACUUGCUGGAGAAGAACCCCGAGGAGCGGUAUACCUGUGAGAAGGCCCUGCAGCACCCCUGGAUUGACGGGAACACCGCGCUGCACCGGGACAUCUACCCAUCAGUCAGCCAGCAGAUCCAGAAGAACUUCGCCAAGAGCAAGUGGAGGCAGGCUUUCAACGCGGCGGCAGUGGUGCACCACAUGCGGAAGUUGCACAUGGGCGUGCACAGCCCAGGCACCCGCCCGGAGGUGGAGAGCAGGCCGCCCGCGCCCCGUGCCCCCGCCGCCUGCCCCUGCUCCCCCGAGAUCACCGUCUCCCGGGCGCCCGCACCGGACCACAGCGUGGCCCCCCCAGCCCUGGCCCGGCCCGCUGCCCCCGGAGGCAGGUCCCUCAACUGCCUGGUCCGCGGCUCGCUGCGUGUCAGCGGCAGCCUUGUGCCCAUGCAGCAGGGACCCCUGGCCCGAGGGCCCUGCGGCUGCUGCUCCAGCUGCCUGAGCCUCGGUGGCAAAGAGAAGUCCUCCUGCUGCUCUGAACCAGCGCUGCUGAGAAAGGCCAACAGGAAACAGAACUUCAGUCCCAAGGCCAUGGUGCCUGUCAAGGCCAGUGGCGGCCCCCACUGCCGGGCAGGGCAGGCUGGGGUUUGUCUCAUCAUGUGAUGCCGGAGCCCGGCUGGAGCUGAAAUUGCCAGGAGAGAUGUCCACCUCUUCUCUGCCCUUUCAAGCCUGGCGUCCACCCUGCAGGAGGAAGUAGGGACAGCGAGGCCUGGCAGGAGUGGGGUCCGGCCAGAAACAGCUGAGUGUCUGGGGCAGGCCCGGAGGCCCAGCGUGGGCCCCACAUGGAGGCCAGGGGCUGCGGGCCUGUCCAGGCCUCCUGAGCUGCCUGCUCUGCCCCGGCCCACGUGUGGUGUGUGGCUGUGUUGUUUGUGGUGACAAGCUUUAACAGUUGGGCGGGCUGUGCCGCCUUCUCCAAGCAAAGCCAUACGGAGCGCCCUCCAACGCCUCCCCCCAGCACACCCGUCUGUGCCGUCCGGUGCGCAGCACGUAGGACAUUCUUGUCCCCGUGGCUAUUGUCCAUCUGCAUGUGUGGCAGCUCUGCGAGUCUUGAGUUCCAGCCCCUGACCUGGGGUCACUUCCGACCACACGGAGACCCCAACCUGCCAUGCACACGGGUGCCCCACCCUGUCAAUAGCAGUGCCUCCUCUGCUGGCCUCCCAAGACCAGGCUUGCCACCCGGAGUGCCCCCGCCCUCACCAGCCCAGCGAAGGCUUGCAAGCCGCUCUCCACACUGCCCCUCUCCACCCUGGACUGGAGCCUUCACCAGCCCCUCCCCAGCCUCCUCUCCCCCGCUCCCCCAGUGUCCUAAUGUGUCCUGCUCAAUAAA